AUGCUUCAGCAGCCUGGGAGGAAGCGCGAUAACUUGUGCGCGGAGCAGCUUAUAGUGGUAAUAGACUUGCGCUGCAUUUUCCGCACUCUGUCCUCCUCCUCCUCCUCCUCCUCCUCCUCCUCCACCUCCUCCUCCUCAAGAAGACUGGAGGCCAGAGAGGACGCAGGUGGUUGAUGCACCCAGGCUAACUACUACAUCCCCUGGUCCACAAAGUACACGGACCAGGACUUUAUACAACAAAAAAGUGGAAAAGUAGCACUGAUCUCAGUUGGCGCGACGUGAGUCCGCACGUGGGAGUGCCACCACACCCACACAGAAUUUGCAUGUGUUAUGGGUGUGAAUUUCCGAUAAUAGCUGGUGGACUCCAACCCAUUUCAUUUGUUGUCCAGCGCAUUCACAUUAUCGCUUGUUUUAAGGACAAACAAAAAGAAGAACAGUUCCGUUAGUUAACGAACUGGCUGGAUAUGAGGUAGUAGCCGCGACUUUUGUUAACAUUCGGUUCUCGAAACGAGCACAGCUGGGUAAGAUCCGUGUGGGACAGGGUGAGACGCCGAGUGAGACGCCUUCGCCAUCAAAAAUGGCACUAAAAGCCAACUAAUCCGACCUCCGGUAGGGAACCAGAUAAAGCCUAGUGAUUAGGCUAUUACACCACGUGGGAGAAAUUCGUUACAAUCAUCCGUGCCGUCAACCCCAGCAAAAAAAGACAACGUGAAAGACGAGUUUCGCAAAGACCUACACAUCUUCCUCGCCUCUCACCUGUUAGGGUUAGUGGUUAGGGUUAGGGGUUAGUUUUAGGGGCUUGUGCUUGGUGUUAUGGUUAGUGUUAGGGGUUAGAGUUAGGGUCAAGGGUUAGGCGUUUGGGUUAGGGUUAAGAUAAGAGUUGGGGGCUAGUUUUAGGGUAAUGUGUUAGGGGUUCUGCUUAACCCUCUAACUCUACUGCAGGUGCGGCUUCGAAAUAAGAUCCGACCUUUAUUUCGUCUCUGUAAGCGACCUCUAUGAGCGGCUCAACAACUCCCAUCUACUCCUGAGUCUGACAGAGUGACUUAUCACGCUCAGACACCGUGGGGUGUUUAUUCGCCUUCAGACAAUGUUACGUCAGGCCAGAUAGAUAGGCAUGAAGGUUCGACCGUCGAUUUCGACGAUGUUCGCUGCAUGCCUCAGCAGGCGGGGAGGAAGCGCGAUGACUUGUGCGUGGAGUAGCUUAUAGUGGUAAUAGACUUGCGCUGCAUUUGCCGCACUCUGUCCUCCUCCUCCUCCUCCUCCUCCUCCUCCUCCUCCUCCUCAAGAAGACCGGAGGCCAGAGAGGACGCAGGUGGUUGAUGCGGCGAAAGCCCGCACCUAGGCGUACUACCACAUGCCACGGUUAACAAAGUACACGGACCAGGACUUUAUACCACAAGAAAGUGGAAGGGUAGCACUGGUCCCCGUUGGCGCGACGUGAGUCUGCACACGGGAGUGCCACCACACCCACACAAAAUUUGCAUGUGUUAUGCGCGUGGAUUUCCGAUAAUAGCUGGUGGAUUCCCACCCAUUUCAUUUGUUGGCCCAGAGCAUUCCCUGCAUUGCUUGUUUUAGGGACAAACGAAACGAAGAACAGAGUCAUUGGUUAGCGAACUGGCUGGAUAUGAGGUAGUAAUCGCGACUUUUGCUAACAUUCGCUUCUCGGGACGAGCACAGCUGGGUAAGAUCUGUGUAGGACAGGAUGAGACGCCGGAUACGCCUUCGCCAUCAAAGAGGGUGUGGCAGCCAGCCAUCAUGACCGGUCUGGCGUCAUUGUUCAAGACCUCGCUGUCUCAAGGCCAUUCACCCCUUGCAGCGAGCCGUCCCAGACGAGCUGACCUGAAGUCACACGACCAACAGCUCGGGCAUACCUGCGUCCGCGCAGUCGCAGCUGCCCAUGCGGCCACUUGAAUGCGCCACCCCCUUCAACCAGCAAAACAAGCCACUGGGACACCACCCCUCGGCAAAUGCAACACACACUGACUGGACACCACUUGAGCUUGACCCACGAGCCUCCAAAAGCGGCUGCCACCACUAUCUCAAGGACUCUCAGGCCUGACUGGACGCAGUCAACACCAGCCCCGGCUUCGUCAGUGGCCACUGUCGCCUGAGAGGACAACCCCGGGUUCUGUGCACAAUAAACCCCUUAUUCUGGUCCCCUUUGUCUUCUCCCUUCAAACAUGGAAUUUGGCCUGACGAUUGUAGCUCACAUGCUGCAUAUAUUCUCUCUGCUGUGCCGCUACAAGGGCACUAAAAGCCAACUAAUCCUGCCUCCGGUAGGGAACUAGAUAACGCGUUGUGAUUAGGCUAUUACACCAAGGGGGAAGAAAUUCGUUACAAUCAUCCGUGCCGUCAACCCCAGCAAAAAAAGAUGAUGUGAAAGACGAGUUCCGCAAAGACCUACACAUAUUCCUCGCGUCUGCACUGAAAGCGGAGGAGUUGAUUGCCUCCCAUGAUUUAACUGUCUUUAUAGGCACAGAUCAUUCGACCGGAGAGGCGGUUUUAAUUGCCCCCGGGUGGACAGCUGAAAUUGCCACGGCCGCGAUCUGUGGCAGGAAUACACAGAAUACAAUGGGCUUUAUUCGCCUGACGUUUCGGAUUCCCGCCCAGACCCGUAGUCAAAAACAAUAGCAAUAGACAAUAUUUGCUAUUGUAUCUGAUGAUGGGUUUGAGCAGGAAUCGGAAACGUCAGGCAAAUAAAGCGCCUACUCCAUCGAUCGUGUCUACUUCUUCACGACAGAAUGCAAUCUUCCCCUCAUCAUCCGCGCUUUGCGCUCUCCAAAAUGAGAAAAGACAACCUGUGACUAGAAACUGCUUAACUACAUCUUCAAAGGAAUUUGAAAGCAGCAUAAUGCGCUGGCGAAAAGGGUAGUGUAGCACAUGGAACGUCGCACACGUGGCCACCUUGUAGUUUCGUAGGUAAGGUUCCAACGCGAACUCAGUGGGCAGCUAGUUAAGUUGAAUACCUGGAUGUUGGAUGAAGCCUUAAUAUGAUUACAUUUUGAAUAAAGUACAGUGCUUGGCCGGUCUGAUAAAAUGUUGGCCGAAAUUCUGAAAUGCGUUUUCGAUGACGAAGGAUUUCUUAAGUGGGUUUGUAAUGUUGCUUAUCAAACGACAUUAUCCCAUAGUAUUUUGGAUUCACCAGGAUGUCAACUUUUGAAUGCACAUCUCUUCGACCUCCUAUAAAAGCCACAUUUGAUAAGAACAGUGACUAUUUUAGUACCAUGUAUUUUUCGCAUUGAUUUCCUAUGGUCUUAUAAAUUCAAAUAUUUUUUUAUGGAAAAUAUGUACACAAAUGUGCUGUCGUUUACCUGUUUGGUAGAAAAUAACAUUGUUUUUACAUUUUAAACCUGAAGAAAACGUAUAUUUAGGUUCAGAAAAAGUUUCCCACUUUCCCACUUAUUUUAGGUUAUAUCAGCCGUUGAAUUAUCAUUUAGCGAUCCCAGUCCACAAGUUGCGUGUUUCCGCAUAAGAAUAAUCAUAUAUUCGACUAUGUUAUUAAAAAGGUACUAUGAUGGGUUCAGGGGUGUAGGUCUGUCAGCGGUGGGUUCACGUAAUGGUCGUGGUGGUCGCUCACUUGCUUGCAGGUGAGACUGCGCCUAGCGUCCACUUGCUGGCACUCAACUCUCACCUGUGGCUCCACGUAGCUGGGCUCUGCUCAUCGGCCACACCCCGGGCAACCGUCUCGACCGGCGGGCUAAACCAGGUGAGGGGGCCCUGUGCGCUGUGCCGUGUGCACAGGGUUUGCGGAUUCCGCUGGAUGGAAGGUCGGAUGGAACCUUGCGUCGGCCCCGUCGUGACGUGGUUCGUCUCUGCACGUCGCUUGACAGCCGGUGACGGGAUGGACCUCCACAUCGACAUAGCUUUUACGCGCCCACCCUCGCCGACGGAGACCGCGGCUUACGGCGAAUUCGAGUCGCUCUCCACUACAACCCGAAGUCGUGGUCCCAUAGUGGAGUUCGGCCGUGCCACAACGGCACAUGGCAGCCCUAUUCAGGGAUGGCACUGCCAGCCCCCAUGAGGGGAAGGGCCUAGAAAAGGUGGCCUAAACAUUGCUGGGUACCACGCCGUCUCCAGGCUAGCCAGGGCCGCAGACGUCUUAACAUGGUCGAAACAAUCAAAAUCGAAACAACAAUAAUACCAAUAACAACAACAUAAACAACCAUACUCAUUCUCCUCAUCCUACCUCUUCUUCCACUACCUCCGCUAUUCUUCUGCCUAUUCUUCUCCUUCGUCAUCUUCUUCUCCAUCUCCUUCCCGUCGCCCCACUCGUUGUCACCAGACUGGCAGGGUAAGCCCGCUCACUCUGGCAGCCUGGAAUGUUCGUUCCCUUUUAGACAAUCCGAGGAGCAACCGACCGGAGCGGAGGACGGCGCUAGUUGCACGAGAACUGGCGCGCUACAAGGUGGAUAUCGCCGCACUCAGCGAGACCCGUUUCUCCGAACAAGGCCAACUGGAGGAGGUGGGUGCCGGCUACACCUUCUUCUGGAGCGGUCGACCCAGGGCAGAGCGACGGGACGCGGGCGUCGCCUUCGCCAUUCGGAACGACAUCGUGAAACGACUGCCCAGUCUGCCGCAGGGCAUCAACGAUCGCCUGAUGAGCCUCCGCCUGCCUCUCUGGGGAGGCAAAUUCGCCACCAUCAUCAGCGCCUACGCUCCGACGAUGACCAACCCCGACGCCGUCAGAGACAAAUUCUACGAGGACCUGCACGCCCUCUUGGCGACUGUGUCGAAGGCGGACAAGUUGAUUGUCCUUGGUGACUUCAACGCCCGCGUCGGCACAGACCAUAGUGUCUGGAGAGGAGCGCUGGGUCCCCACGGUCUCCGCGGCUCAAACGACAAUGGUCUGCUGCUUCUCCGCACCUGCGCAGAACACCGCCUCAUCCUGACGAACACGUUCUUCUGUCUGCUGGAGCGAGAGAAGGCCACCUGGAGGCAUCCUCGGUCGCGCCAGUGGCACCUGCUGGACUAUGUCCUCGUCCGGAGGCGAGAUCAGCGGGACGUGCUGGUGACGAAGGCGAUCGCGGGAGCUGAUGGGUGGACCGACCAUCGCCUCGUCAUCUCGAAGAUGCGUAUUCGCCUACAGCCCCACAGGAGACCACAAGGUAAGCGACCUUCAGGUAAGCUGAAUGUUGCCUUGUUGUCUUUGCCCGCUCACCAUCUUCAUUUCAGCAAUGAGCUAGCUCAACGGCUAGACAACCUCCCCAUCGCCGAUGACGCCGCUGCCGAGAACGCCUCCGUGGAGAACCGCUGGUGUCAACUGCGUGACACAGUGCAAUCGACGGCGCUCGCCGUCCUCGGUCGCGCUCCCCGCCAACACCAGGACUGGUUCGACGACAACGACGCCGCCAUCAGAAAUCUGCUUGCUGAUAAGAACCGCCUACACAAAGCCUAUGUAGAUCACCCCACUGAGGACAACAAAGCUGCCUUCUACCGCAGUCGCCGCCAACUUCAGCAACGACUGCGCGAGAUGCAGGACGCCUGGACUGCUCGCAAAGCUGAGGAGGUCCAAGGGUACGCGGACUGCAACGAAUGGAAGAACUUUUUCUCUGCGAUCAAAGCUGUCUACGGUCCGCCGACGAAGGGCACCGCUCCUCUCCUCAGCGCCGACGGCAACACUCUCCUGACUGAGAAGACGCAAAUCCUGCAGCGAUGGGCCGAGCAUUUUCGAGGCGUCCUCAACCGCCCCUCCGUCAUCUCCGACGCCGCCAUCGAGCGUUUGCAGCAAGUGGAGACCAACUUGGACCUCGACCUCCCGCCAUCUCUCCAGGAGACCAUCAGGGCCGUGCAGCAGCUCUCCAGCGGGAAAGCACCCAGAUCGGACGCGAUCCCUGCUGAGGUCUACAAGCACGGAGGUCCCCAACUGAUGGAUCACCUGACUGCGCUCUUCCAAGAGAUGUGGCGUCAAGGUGAAGUCCCGCAAGAUUUCAAAGACGCAACCAUCUUGCAUCUCUACAAGCGCAAAGGGAAUCGCCAAGUCUGCGACAAUCACCGCGGCAUCUCCCUACUGAACAUCGCCGGGAAGAUCUUCGUACGAAUCCUCCUCAACCGCCUCAAUAACCAUCAGGAACAGGGCUUUCUGCCGGAAAGCCAAUGCGGCUUCCGUCGUCAUCGUGGGACCACGGAUAUGAUCUUCGCCGCCCGUCAACUUCAGGAGAAGUGCCAGGAGAUGCGGACCCACCUGUACUCUACCUUCGUGGACCUGACGAAAGCCUUCGACACGGUGAAUCGUGAAGGACUGUGGAAGAUCAUGCAGAAAUUCGGCUGUCCGGAGCGAUUCACUCAGAUGGUGCGUCAGCUGCACGACGGUAUGAUGGCGCGAGUCACGGACAAGGGAGCUGUCUCAGAGGCAUUCGCAGUGACCAAUGGAGUGAAGCAGGGCUGCGUGCUGGCGCCUACCCUCUUCAGUCUUAUGUUCUCCGCCAUGCUGAUGGACGCCUACCGCGACGAACGCCCUGGAAUCCGCAUCGCCUACAGAACGGACGGUCAUCUCCUGAAUCAACGGCGCAUGAACUUCCAAUCGCGCGUAUCCACAACUACCGUGCACGAACUCCUCUUCGCCGACGACUGCGCCCUGAACACCACCUCCGAAGCGGAGAUGCAACGGAGCAUGGACCUGUUCUCCGCCGCCUGCGAGAACUUCGGUCUUGUCAUCAACACACAGAAGACGGUGGUGAUGCACCAACCGCCACCCAACUCGGCCACAGCCCCCAACGCGCCGCCGCAAAUCAGCGUGAAUGGGACCCAACUGCAAGUGGUGGAGAACUUCCCGUACCUGGGCAGUACUCUCUCCCGCAACACCAAGAUCAACGACGAAGUCGCCAACAGGAUCUCGAAAGCCAGUCAAGCCUUCGGUCGCCUCCAAAGCACAGUUUGGAAUCGUCAUGGUCUCCAACUGAGCACGAAGCUGAAGAUGUACAAGGCUGUCAUCCUGCCGACGCUACUGUAUGGAGCGGAGAUUUGGACGGUGUACGCAAAGCAGGCACGUCGUCUGAACCACUUCCACCUCAGUUGUCUUCGUCGCAUCCUGAGGCUGAACUGGCAGGAUCGAAUCCCCGACACUGAUGUGCUGGAACGGACGGGAAUCCUCAGCAACUACGCCAUACUGAGACAAAUUCAGCUGCGCUGGAGCGGCCACCUGGUGCGCAUGGACGACGAGCGACUACCCAAACGACUCUUCAACGGAGACGUCGCGACGGGUUCUCGCCGUCAAGGAGGCCAGAUUCGCCGUUACAAGGAUACCCUGAAGUCCUCCCUGAAAUGCCUGCAAAUCAACCCCACCAACUGGGAGGAGCUCGCACUCGAUCGACCGACCUGGAGGAGGACAGGGAAGACAGGCGCUGCGAUCUACGAAGCCAACCGCAUCGCUGCCGCCAAAGCGAAACGUGAAGCCCGUAAAUCGCAACUUCGCCCAGUAAGCAACGUCGCCGCACAACCGCUUUCAACGUGUCCUCGAUGUCAACGGACAUUCCGGGCUCGAAUCGGACUUGUUGGACAUCUUCGGAUUAACUGCUCCUCUCGAACGGCACCAACCAUCGUCCCCCCGCCUGCCUCUUCCUCCUCCUCUCCGCCGCCAACUAACCCUGACAAUUCUUCUGACCCACAACUUCCAUCAUCAUCCUCCUCCUCCUCCUACUCCUCCUCCUCCUCCUCCUCCUCCUCCUCCUCGCCCACUACUCUAACGGCGGCCGCCCAGGAGACUGUCCCACGCACAGCAACCGACACUACCACCACCUCCCCCGACUCCAGGGAUGAGGAUCAGGACCACACCUGCCCUCACUGCGACCACACCUUCACCUCACACAUCGGCCUGGUCGGUCACUUGCGAAUCCAUCGCACAGAGCCUGGCGAACCAGGGCGUGAAGCACCUACCUACACCCUACCUACCUGCCCUCGCACCUUCAGGCAUCGCAUGGGCCUUUUCGGCCACAUGCGCGUCCAUGAGAGCGGCCUUGACCGCACUCCCGACACACCCACCACAUCCAACACAUCCACCGUGCACACCCCCACUAUCGUUCCAUCCGUCCGCGACACCACCACCACCACCACCACCACCACCACCGCCUCCUCUGUAGCUGACACUGACACCGCCGACUUCUCAUGCCCACACUGUCCACGCACAUUCACCUCACGCAUCGGCCUGGUCGGUCACUUGCGAAUCCAUCGCACAGAGACUGGCGAACCAGUGCCUGGAGCACCCACCUAUACCCACCAAGCUCGUCUCAACUGCCCACACUGUCCUCGCACUUUCAGGCAUCGCAUGAGCCUAUUCGGCCACAUGCGCAUCCACGACGACCUGCGGUAG